GAAAAAUGUCAGUGCCUUCGUUCCUAUACUCGCAAUUGUUCGUCGGGCUGCCGAUCCCUUCCCAUGACUUUUCUGGACAGACCAUCGUAGUCACCGGCGGCAACACGGGUCUGGGGCUGGAAGCCGCCCGCCACUUCCUCACUCUGAAUGCAUCCCAUAUUAUCCUAGGUGUUCGGAGAUCGUCACCAGGCGAAGCAUUCGUCGAGGAUUUGGAGCAAUCCACCGGCCGAGGCGACCGGGUGCAAGUCUUUGAUCUUGACAUGGAGAGGUAUGCAUCCGUCCAGACCUUCGCAGAGGCCGUGGCGGCCCUUCCCCGGGUGGACGUGGUGCUGCUCAACGCGGGAAAAAUUGCCCAAGAGUACUACCUGGCAGAAGAGGACGAGAGUACAAUCACCGUCAAUGUGGUCAGCACCCUGCUGCUCGCAUUGCUCCUCCUACCCGUCCUGCGCCGCUCAGCCGGUGCCUCAGGACGGAUACCUAGACUUUGCAUUGUCUCCUCAGACCGUCAUGUCAUGUCUACGGUGCCCCAAUGGAAGACCCCUAAUACAUUUGCCACGCUACGCGCCGAAACCUCAGCUGGCCCCAAUGACCGAUACUACGUUUCCAAAUUGCUGGUACUCCUGAGUAUGCGCGAACUGAGCGCGCAGACAGCCGGCCACAAUCCCCGUGUUGUGAUCAAUGCUCUCACGCCGGGAUAUUGCGCAACUGGUCUCGUCAAGGAGGUUACUGGGAUCUGGGGAUGGCAGCUGUAUGUGAUGAAGCUACUUCUGGCGCGGACGGCGGAGGAGGGAGCCCGGACGCUGGUACAUGCCGCGAGCCUCGGGCUGGAGGGACAUGGCCAAUACCUCAACGAUUGUCAGAUUGACGAGGGGGCCUUGUCGGAAUUUGUCAAGAGUGAAGAGGGUGGGCAGGCGCAGCGAAAGAUCUGGGGGGAGCUCCUCGCCAAGUUAGAACGGGUUGUCCCUGGCAUCUCUGAUAAUGCUGGCGUUGGCCCUUAGACAGGAGCCCACGAUCUGCUGGAAGGGGAGUGCAGCAAUGAUUUGAGACCUUGUGUGAUGUGGGGCAGGCCGGUGGGUCUAGGGCUGAUGGAGAUCACUAAUGUGAUGGUCUCGAGUGGGUCCUCCCAAUAAUAUUUGGCCAUGCAGCCGCC